AAGGCGCCCUCAGCCCGCCCCAGCACAGACACGAGCUCCGCCUCGCACCGGCAGUGCUCUCGGCUCUCCGACAACCUGCCCCGGCACCAUGAGGCAGGCGGCACGUGCGGUGCUGCUGGUAGGGCUGUUGCUCCUGGCGCAGCCGCGCCCGGGGAGCGGCCCGGGGAGUCCGGUGGCAGCGGCCGGGGUCCAGGACGCGAGUCUGCGAUGGAGCCGCGGGGCGCGGAGCCCGGGCGGCGGGGCCCGCGCGCUCCUCCUGCUGCUGGCCGAGCGCUUCCCGAGACGCGCGGGGCUCGCCGGCUGGAGAUCCGAAACGGCAGGCGGGCGGCUGCGACGGGACGACCCUCCACUGUCCAUCGACCUCACCUUCCACCUGCUGCGGGCCCUGCUGGAGCUGGCCCGGACGCAGAGCCAGCGGGAGCGCGCCGAGCAGAACCGCGUCCUGUUCGACUCGGUGGGCAAGUGACCGGCGGGCCGGAGCGCGGGAGCCUCGCCCUCCCCGGGGCUGGACCGUGAGGACCGGAGCUGCCCGGAGACGUCCUGAGCGCUCUCUACGCGGCUGUUUUUUAAUAAAAAUGCUAACGAGCCUUUGGUUCCUGUCAUGGGGGCGAGGGCAACCACACCAGGGUGGGAACUGUGUGCGAGCUGGGGGCCCGGGGCGCAGGAGGCACCCGGAUGCCGAGGGGCUGCGGGAGUGGGCGGCGGAAGGAGAUGCGGGUCUGAGACCAAGACUGCUUUAUUGAGGCCUCCCGGGUCCGCGCUGGCGGUGGCGGGGUGGUCUCCGCGCGGGU